AUGGAGGCUUCAGCCAGCAGUGGUGUCAAAAGAAAGCGAGGGGGGCAACAACAGCGGAUAGCUCGAGCUGCAGCUGAGGAUGUUGCCAAGGAGACCGACAGCAAGCUUUCCGACUACUUGGUUGAUCAGAUGUCAUGGGGCUACAUGUCGCCCCAACAAGUGCAACGAAUCGCCGACUUAGCACACUGUGAUGUUCAAGCUGCACUGUCAAGCGAAAGAGUGCCAAACAAUCUGGAGUCGCUGGCCAAUGCAGGUACACGGGGGCAACAUGCAAACAAGUGCUAUGGCGACGUGAUGAAAGCUGCGACCAGAAGCUCUGAGUUGCAUGUGUCGGCGCCGAUGUUGGUAUCUAUCCCCUUCAGACAUCCGGUCGGCAACAGAAUGCAGGCGAUGCUGUUACCCCACCAGCUGUUCUCUGACAUUUAUCAUCAUCACCGUGCCACCUGGGAACAAUGCAUUUUGGGCCCACCUGGAGAUCUACAGCAGUUCUGGUCAGUCACUUCAAGCCACCCGGCCGUUACACCGGCAAUGAAAGCCAGAAAGGACUUGGCCGAUCGCUGUGUGCCUCUGUGCCUUCAUGGCGAUGGGGUUCCGUUGACUGGUCGGGGGAAAGCCUGGCAACAGCUUAUGACAGACUUUUCUUGGUAUUCGCUGAUCGGUCGUGGAAAUACAAGCGAGGUGCUUUACCUGAUAUGGGGCAUGUUUGACAAACUGCACUCUGGCGAGGAAAAUGGCCAGACCGUGAUCACGAAGGAGUCAAGCCCAUGCACUCUUUGUCAAUGCACAAAAUACGGGGGCAGCUCAUGGAUGGACUUUGGUCCAGGAGCUGCCUGGCAGGCAAGCUGUUGGGCGCCAGUUCCGUGGAAAUCAUGGCCAGGCCGCAGCCCAUGCAUUUUAUUUCAGCUGUCCAACUUGAGUGCUUGCAAUGUCGCGAUGGAUUGGAUGCACAUAAAGUACCUUGGGGCAGACCAGUACAACUAUGCCUCAGUCUUCUUUUUGUUGACCCAUCAUAUUUUGCCUGGCACUCCAGCCCAGAACAUGGAGGUCAUCUGGAGGGAAAUUCAACAUAUCUACAAGAGAGAUGAUAUACCCUCUCGCUUUCGGUACCUGAAUACCGUGCGAAUGUUCUUGAGAAAAAACAAUAUGGUCAAGCUCAGAGGAAAGGCUGCUGAAAUCCGACAUUUGCACGGGCCGCUUCUGGAGAUAUGGCAGAGACACAUGGUUCAGGCCGUUGCAAUUCAUCGAAAGAUUCGGGUCAUGCUCAAGCUGAACACAACUCUGGAAGGUAUCUUGACGAACAGCAAAGGCGACUUUGCUUUGUGUGCUGAAGAUGCUGCACAAUUCCAAGAUGCGACAAUGGGCUGGCUUCUCUUGCAAAAAGAGCUGCAGGAUCAUUUCUCGGACAGCGAUGUGCCUUUGUUCAAUGUGACAGAAAAGAGCCAUUUUAUAGAGCAUGCUGCCCUCCUUGCCCGCUACAUCAAUCCUCGGAUGGUGUGGUGCUUCGCAGGGGAAGAUCAACAACGUCGGACCCAACAGCUGGCCGAGACGUGCAUGAAGGGCUUGGGCCCGGCGAAGGCCAGCCUCAAGAUGAUGUCGAGGUAUCGUCUCGCUUUGGGUCGGCUGUUCAGCAAGCACGGGCACGUGUGA